CUAAUUUUCGGUGGCAACAGUUGUAAGCUUUGUGAAUUACAGAGCGAUUUUGAACGCCAAACUGUCUAAAAACUAAAUUACAGCCAUGCCUUCCCAAGAUCCACCCAUUUCUAAAGUGAUUGUUCAUCCUUUAGUUUUGUUGAGUGUGGUUGAUCAUUUCAAUCGAAUGGGUAAAAUUGGGAAUCAGAAAAGAGUCGUUGGAAUUUUGUUAGGUUCAUGGAAAGGAAAAGGGAUUCUAGAUGUUUCAAAUAGUUUUGCCGUUCCUUUUGACGAAGAUGAAAAAGAUAAGAGUGUGUGGUUUCUAGAUCAUGAUUAUUUGGAACAUAUGUACGGCAUGUUUAAAAAAGUUAAUGCUCGUGAGCGCAUUGUUGGAUGGUAUCACACUGGCCCAAAGCUUAAUCAGAAUGAUAUCGCAGUAAAUGAACUAAUCAGGAGAUAUUGUCCAAACUCGGUUUUGGUAAUUAUUGGUGCAAAGCCAAAAGACCUGGGACUUCCUACUGAGGCAUAUAUUGCUGAAGAGGAAGUACAUGAUGAUGGAACACCUACUACAAAAACGUUUGAGCAUGUGGCAAGUGAAAUUGGGGCCGAGGAAGCUGAAGAAGUUGGUGUGGAACACUUGCUUAGAGAUAUUAAAGAUACCACCCUUGGAACACUAUCACAGAGAAUCACUAAUCAGCUACGUGGUCUAAAAGGACUUCAUUCACAGAUAGCGGAUAUAAAAGAUUAUUUAGACCAAGUUGUAACAGGGAAUCUGCCUGUUAACCAUACCAUAAUAUACCAGCUUCAAGAUAUUUUUAAUUUGCUGCCUGAUGCAAGUGUUCGAGAGUUUGUCAAGUCCAUGUAUGUUAAAACUAAUGACCAAAUGCUUGUGGUGUAUUUAGCUUCAUUAUCGAGAUCAGUAAUAGCUCUUCAUAAUUUAAUUAACAACAAAAUUACGAAUAGAGAUGCUGAAAGGAAAGAGACUAGCAAAAAAGAAGAAGUGAAAGAGAGAAAAGAUAAAGAAGACACAAAGGCAGAUGAAAAGAAAAAAGAUGUGAAAAGUACUUAAAAGAUUUUGUUAUUUUUAUUAAUAAUUUUAUUGCUAAAUAAAAAAAGUAUAAAAACUUAUA